AUGGGUCUCCAGCUCAAAACGCUUAUCAGCCUCCUCAGGGUCAGUUCCGUGGGCGUGGUAGAGGAAGAGGUGGACCGCGGGGUGGCCAUCAGAAACAGCCACAAAACCAGGCACAGCAAUUGUGUUAUACGUGUGGCAAACCGGGACACUUCAGGAGGAACUGUUACAGUAACAGGCAGGCCGCACAGGGUUCGGUGCAGCAGGACAUUUAUUACCCUCCCCAGCCGACAGCGCCCCUGGUGCCAAAUCCACAGGCUCUGCCUCCAACGAACCAAGCUCCCCAAUGGCCCCAAACACAAUGACCGUGCCCAGAGAACCCUGCAGCCCCACAAACUGGUCUUGGAGAUCCAAUUGGGGCCUGUAGAGUUUUCUCAUUCCUACCUCUUCACGACAUCCAGUCCUGUCAAUCUGAUGGGAAGAGACAUUUUGAAAAAACUGGGAGCUUCUAUUCUGUGUGGCCCGCUGGGACUUACUGUCACUUUGAGAGAUGGGACUGUACUACACUGUACAGACACUUCAAUGUACGUCACCAAGAAUCUUGUCCUCGCUCAUCUGGACAAUCCCCCGCCAAAUGAAACGGCUGACAUCUAUUGGGGACUGUUGAAACCAGAGUCACCACAAGGGGGAGGCAUUUCUUCUUUGUUCACUGCCUGGAAACCUUGGAUUACCUCCUUGCAUCCCUACCUCCCGCCUGCUGAUCCUCAUCAUGUCACACUGAACUACCUGAGGACACCUGAUGAGGUGUAUGAAGACGAAAUUCCAGACAUACUAGACACUCUUUGGGACAUUUCGUCUCCCUGCCUGUAUGUCGGAAAAGAGGGUGUGGCAUCUGAGGUAACACUCACAGAGGACCAAGCUUAUUGGUACCGCCUGACUGAUAGCUAUCCUCAUGUAUCACUAGCCAUCCAUGCCAAAUAUGAAGCCAGACAAUUAGGGCCAAUGGUAAAACGCCUCCGCUCUCUUACUGAUUGGCAAGCGACUUUCUGCUCCAAUUUGUUUUACUCUCCUUCUGAGCAGGCAUGGAAGAUUAGCACACUUACACAUGACCAAGUUGUUAUUCAGCAUGAACAGUUGUCUCGAUUUCAUGGUAGGGAGCGCACAGACCAUCCAUCCUCCGCUGCAAUGCUUGACACCCUCCCUGCGUCUCUUUGGUCAUCCUGUCCCACUGAUGUGGGCCACACCCAGUCUACAGAAGUUAACUUUGACUUAGUGCCAGGCACUACUCCCAUUCAUCAGCCCCAAUAUCCAUUGAAACCUCAGGCUGAUGAAGGUAUUGCAGAUACCAUUUCAGGGUUGUUGCAGGCUGAUGUACUCAGACCAUGUACAUCCCCGUGGAACACACCCAUUCUACCUGUACCCAAACCAGGUACAGAAGGCAAAUACCGCAUGGUUCAUGAUUUAAGGGCCAUUAAUGCAGUGGUGGCAACACCACCACUAGAGGUUCCAAACCCUCAUGCGUGUCUCUCCUCACUCUCUCCAACUCACUCACAUUUCACGGUGAUAGAUCUGGCUAAUGCUUUCUUUUGCCUACCAUUAGCCCCAGAGCUACAAGACAUUUUUGCAUUCACAUUCAGGGGACAGAAGUACACAUACAAUCGCAUGCCUCAAGGUUUUGUACUCUCCCCUGGUCUUUUCAACCAUCACUUGAGGAACAUUCUAAAUGUGGAUGUUCCACCGGAAGUCGUGUUGAUCCAAUAUGUGGAUGAUUUGUUAAUCGCUGCCCCGUCAGCAGAAUUGUGUUUGUCUUUCACUAAAACCAUUUUGGAGGUGUUGGCACAACAUGGUUUCAAAGUCAGUAAAUCCAAAAUCCAACUCUGCCGCUCAGUUGUAACUUUUCUGGGCAGAGAGAUUUCACACGGCUUCAGAGACAUGUCACCCAGCCACCGUGACUCCAUCCUGCACCAUCCUCUCCCUCACACGGUUCGGGAUAUGCUAUCAUUUUUGGGCCUAAUCGGUUAUAGUAGGAACUACAUCUCAAACUUCACUGACCGCAUUGCACCAUUUCGCGCUAUGAUCUCAUCAGUAGGGCAUCGUAACCUCAAACUUCCCCUCACAUGGUUGAAAGAAACUGAAGAUCAGUUUAUCUCUCUGAAACAGGACUUAGCGUGCGCGACCUCUCUCGCUGUGCCUGACUACAAAAACCCAUUCUGUUUGGAUGUUUCUGAAGCAAAGGGGGUGGUCAACGCCUGUUUGUUUCAGAAAAAAGAGGGAGGAAGGAGAGUACUAUACUACUACAGUCAAAAACUUGAUUCUGUCAAAUCCAGCCAACCACCCUGCGUCAAAUUUGCUGCCGGAGUGGCAAAAGCCAUUCAAAAAACCGCACACAUCAUUAUGGUACAUCAGCUAACAGUACUAACGACACACUCGGUAGUUGCAUUCCUAUCCUCAAAAGCAUUUACUCUGUCUGGCACGAGAUCAUCACGAGUAGAACACAUUCUGACUAUGCCCAACCUCAUUUUCACACACGAUGGAGUCAAUAUGGCGGAAGGGAUGAUGACAGGUGAGCUACAUUGCUGCGAGAGCAAGAGAGAGACAGAUGUAAAACUAAGGACAGACUUAUUCAGCGAAGCAAUCCCAGGGGAAGAAGGUCCAGAAACUCUCUAUACCGACGGCUGUUGUUAUAGACAUGAGACCAAAGGACUGAAAGCCGCAUAUGCAGUGGUGAGACAGCAAGUAUAUGCAGCAGUGAGGCAAAAAAGAGGGCCAGCACACGAAACAGUAGUGGCGGGAAAAAUCACGGAUAAACCCUCAGCACAAAGGGCAGAACUGAAAGCACUAUCAGAAGCACUGAAAUGGGGAAAGGGAAAGAUAGUGAACAUUUACACCGACUCUGCUUAUGCUCAUGGUGUGAUCCAUUAUGAACUGAGCAGAUGGUAUCGAGCAGGGUUUGUAACAGCCUCCGGUACACCCAUAAAACACCAAGACAUAAUCACAGAGCUGGCAGCCAAUCUGCAGCUACCUCUGAAAGUGGCAGUAGUGAAAUGCAAAGGACAUCAGAAAGGGAGAGAUGAUAUCAUACAUGGAAAUGAAUCUGCAGAUGCAGCAGCAAAAGAAGCAGCUGGUUACGGGCCCCAAAUAUACCAAAUGACCACUACACAACUAACUGAUUCUCCUGAACCACAACCGCUACCACUAACUAUUGAAGAUAUAAAAACAUUGCAAAACAGAGCAGGACCAUAUGAGUGGGGAGUGUGGACUGCGAAAGGAGCUAUCAAAAAAGAUGACAUCUGGCGCGCUCAUAAUGGGAGAGUAAUGAUCUCUGCCGAUGUCCCAGCCCUCAGCGAAGAAGAACAGCUGGCUAUAUCUCCAGGUGAGUACCACACAUCACUAAAGGCAUUAGUCAGUUCUUUGUCUCACCAGGUCCAGGAGAAAGCUGAGGAAGCUGCCCCCGAAAAGCCCAGAGAUCCAAUCAAAGAAGGAGAGUGGGUCUGGCUACGGGUCCUGAAACGCAAGUGGAAUCAGCCCCGUUGGACUGGGCCACACCAGGUGGAAGCGGCCACGUCACACUCGGUGAGAUUGGUGAAAAAGGGUUCCAACUGGUAUCACCAGACACUGUGCGCCAGAGCCUCCGAUCCACAAGGUGCAAGACCUUUGGACAAGGUCGCCAGAGCACAGACCCCGGAAAAGAGGAGCCCCGAAGCAGUGUCAAGAUGGAUUGAUGUGGCUCUGACCAAAAAAGAUCCCAAGAAAGAUGCUCCUCCAGCGUACUCCAUGCCCCUGUUGGGGAUGGAGGACGGUGAUGAGACUGAUUCAGACAAUGAAGGAAGUGAAUCACCAAUUGAGAUGGAGUACGUCUUGGGACAGAGAAUAAGACGCAAGAGGGAGAGGCUCUACCGGCCCAGACAGACCUAUUUCUCCCUCAGUGAGGAAGAAUGUAGGCGUAAGCUAAGCCUGACCCGUCUGUGA